UAUUGACAGGUCGUUGCCUGCAACACUGAUGUGAGCGCUGUAAAGGUGUCGGGACAUUAGCAGAAAGAACACCGACGUGUCAGAAACGCGCCUCCGCUCCUUUAAACAAAAUGCUGAACAUGUGUCCGAUAACAAGCCUUUUAUUUUGAAUGCUCUGACCGGACGUUGUGUUUUUUACUACCGGAAGCCUUUUCGUGUUUAGGCCACACUGGAUGCAAAAGGCACGAAUUUCGGGUGCAGAAACGUUAGCUUCUGUUAGUUUCAUGAAUGUGAGAAUAAAAAUAGAAACGGAACCGUGGAACUGAACACACAUGGAUCCCAACCGUAUAAUCCAGGCUCUGAAGGGAACCAUCGACCCCAACCUGAGGAUAGCGGCAGAAAAUGAACUCAAUCAGUCCUACAAGAUCAUUAAUUUCGCCCCUACCCUGCUUCAGAUCAUUGUGUCGGAGCAGGUAGAGUUUCCUGUUCGCCAAGCAGCUGCAAUCUACCUGAAGAACAUGGUGAGUCAGUACUGGCAGGACAGGGAACCAUCUGUCGGGGAGGUUGUCUUUCCCUUCAACAUCCAUGAGAACGACCGGCAGCAGAUCAGAGAUCAGAUCUUGGAGGGUAUCAUCCGCUGUCCAGAGUCCAUACGCGCCCAGUUGACCAUGUGUUUGCGAGCCAUCAUCAAGCAUGACUUCCCCGGCCGCUGGACUGCCAUUGUGGACAAGAUCAAUAUGUACCUGCAGUCUCCAAACAGCGGCAGCUGGUAUGGAACCCUGCUGGCUCUCUACCAGCUGGUCAAAACAUACGAGUACAGGAAAGCAGAUGAGAGGGAGCCGUUGCUUGCAGCCAUGCAGAUCUUCCUGCCCAGGAUUCAACAACUCAUCAGCCAGCUUCUGGUUGAUGCCACAAUCUUUUCAGUCCUCAUUCAGAAACAGAUCCUGAAGAUCUUCCAUGCUCUUGUACAGUAUUCGCUGCCUCUCCAGCUGAUCAACAACACAGUGAUGACUCAGUGGAUGGAAAUACUCCGAGCCAUAAUGGACCGAGACAUCCCAGCUGAGACACUGGAGGUGGAUGAGGAUGACCGUCCUGAGCUGGCGUGGUGGAAGUGUAAAAAGUGGGCGUUGCGCAUCAUCACGCGACUGUUUGAACGAUAUGGAAGCCCAGGAAACGUGACCAAAGAGUACUACGAGUUUGCAGAUUUUUUCCUGAAGACAUAUGCAGUGGGGAUCCAGCAGGUCUUGCUGAAGGUGGUGGACCAGUACCGACAGAAGCAGUAUGUUACUCCUCAGGUCCUACAGCAGUGCCUCAACUACCUCAACCAGGGUCUGUCACACUCACUGACCUGGAAACAGAUGAAGCCGCACAUGCAGACCAUAUGCCAGGAGGUCAUCUUCCCUCUUAUGUGCUACAAAGACGAGGACGAGAAACUAUGGCAAGAGGAUCCAUAUGAGUAUAUCCGUAUGAAGUUCAACCUCUAUGAUGACCAUGCUCUCCCAGUCACUGCUGCCCAGAGCCUGCUGUGUAAAGCUGCACGCAAGAGGAAAGAGGUCCUGCCUCAAAUGAUGGAGUUCUGCCAUCGUAUCCUGAUGGAGCCCUCUGCUGAUCCUUGCAGGACGGAUGGAGCGCUGCACUGCAUCGGAGCUCUGGCUGAGCUCUUACUUAAGAAGCGGCUGUACAGGGAGCAAAUGGAGCUGAUGCUUCAGAACUACGUCUUCCCCUUGCUUAACUCUCCUUUAGGUUACCUGCGUGCCAGGUCCUGCUGGGUGUUGCACUCCUUCAGUCCGCUGCGUUUCCAUGACGAGCUGGUGCUGAGGAAUGCUGUGGAGUUGGUCAAACAGGAUCUGAUAGAUGACAAAGAGAUGCCUGUCAAGGUGGAGGCUGCCAUCGCUCUGCAGACGCUGGUCAGCAACCAGGAACAAGCCAAGCUGUACAUCAGGCCUUACAUUCGGCAAGUCAUGCAGGAGCUUCUGCAUGUGGUCAGAGAAACGGAGAACGAUGACCUGACCAACGUCAUUCAGAAAAUGAUCUGCGAGUACAACCAGGAAGUGGCCGUCAUCGCUGUAGACAUGACACAGAACCUGGCAGAGAUCUUCACAAGAGUUCUACAGAGUGAGGAGUACGAGGAGAACGAAGAUAAGACUGUCAUGGCUCUUGGUAUCCUCAGUACAAUUGACACCAUCCUCACCGUAAUGGAAGACCACAAAGAGAUCACACAGCAGCUAGAGGGGAUCUGUUUGCAGGUGAUUGGCCUGGUCUUGCAGAAACCCAUCAUAGGUAUGGCAGAAUUCUAUGAGGAGAUCCUGUCACUGGCGUUUGGCCUUACCUGUCAGACCAUCUCCCCCCAGAUGUGGCAGCUGUUAGGCGUCCUGUAUGAGGUCUUCCAGCAUGACUGCUUUGAUUACUUCACAGAUAUGAUGCCGCUUUUGCACAACUACGUUACUGUGGACACGGACAUGCUUCUGUCCAGUCCGAAGCACUUGGAGGUCAUCUACAGCAUGUGCAAAAAGGUAUUGUCCAUGGAUUCGGGCGAGGAUGCAGAGUGUCAUGCAGCCAAACUGUUGGAGGUUAUCAUCCUGCAGUGCAAAGGCAGAGGCAUUGACCAGUGCAUCCCUCUUUUCGUGGAGGCAGUGCUUGAGCGUUUGAUGCGGGGGGUGAAAUCCAGUGAGCUGAGGACAAUGUGUCUCCAGGUUGCCAUUGCUGCUCUCUACUACAAUCCAGCCCUGCUCAUCCAUACGAUGGACAACAUGCACUUUCCACACAACCCGCAGCCCAUAACCACACACUUCAUCAACCAGUGGAUGAAUGACACUGAAUUCUUCUUGGGACUCCAUGACCGUAAGAUGUGCAUCAUCGGACUGAGUGUGCUAAUCGAGCUUCCUAGCCGGCCAGCAGUGCUGGAUGCAGUGGCUGCCCAGAUUGUCCCCUCCAUUCUCCUCCUUUUCCUGGGCCUCAAGCACAUUAAUGCCUCCCGCCUAAUCAACAAACCAGAGCUGCUUGCCCGUGCAGGGGCUCAAGACGAAGACCAGAAUGAGGAGAUUCCUAGUGAUGAAGAUGAGGUGAAUGAGAAUUGUAACACCAUGCAGCAGCAGUCCAGCAUGCCAGCAGGCCAAGGAGGCGAUGAUGAUGACGACGAUGAAGAUGACUAUUGGGAUGACGAUGGUUUUGAGGGAACGCCUCUGGAGGAGUACAGCACGCCUCUGGACUACGACAAUGGAGAGGACGAGUAUCAGUUCUUCACGUCUGCCCUGCUCAGGGUCCAGAGUACUGAUCCAGCAUGGUACCAUUGUUUGACGGCUGCGCUCAGCGAUGACCAGAAAAAACAGCUUCAGGAGAUCUACAGCAUCUCACAGCAGAGGAGGAGCACUGCAACUAAGGGCCAAUGAGCACUGAAGAAACAGAUGGGCUGCAGAAUCAGGAGAGGGGUCAAAGAAGAGAAACGCUGGUCUGAGCUGAAGUGUACUUCAGUUCAAUCUGAACGAUGUCAGUCUACAUCCAACCAUAUCUGAACAGAUCCCACCAGAACCAGAGUUUCAGUAGACCUGGAUGGAGUAGCAGGGGCUGGUUUCAAAUCACAAUAACUGCUGAUUUGCUGCACUGCUUCAGACCCCCACUGGAAUAAUGCUUUCACUGGGACAGGUCCACCGGCCUGUGAGUGUGUGACGGUGUCUCUGUGUAUACUUGAGGAAAAGAUCUGCAUUAUAAAUAUAAAUGUUCUUGACCAGCACAAUUCACAAAAUAUUUUGUACAGUGCAGUGCUUUAAUUUGUAACUAAGUCAGUUGUGUUUUGUGUUUGUCUCUCAGCGAAAGUGUAAAAAACAAAACAAUAAAACUGCGUCGGAGUGUUUUUGUAUGUACUCUAAGAGCCUCUUUCUUCUCUGGGCAAGAAGAGUCCCUUUCUGUCGGCCUGCGUUGUACAUAGACUGUGAAUGGAAACGAGAUCAGAGGUCUUGUAGAUCGACUGUAAUGUUACAUAUGUAAUGUAAAGUGGGAGAGGAGGAGCUUUUAGUCAUGUUGGAUUUGUUUUUGUGAAGUUUUUUGAAACUGAUUUAAGAAAACCAUGGAUGUUCACGCAGUAGAGUUUUUUCUUUACUAUCGUUACUCUUUACCGUUACUAAACCAACAUUUCUGGUGUGUUGUUAAAUAACCUGCUGAAAUAGUGCAGUUAGUCCAGCUAUAAAGAAUUUAGUCUUUGGAAUUGCUCAGUUUUUAUUUAUUUAUCUUUUUUUGUGGAUUACUCAAAAAAAAUAAUAAAAUUUCAGUUAAGUUAAAGAACUAAACUAAUAACACAAAAACACUUUUGACAUCAGUAAGAACCACAACCGAAUUCAUGCUUUCUGUAGCUGCAUAAGAGUCGUCAGUGACACGCAGGGUUUAGGGAACAUCAACAAAACGAUACUUUUGGGAUGUUUCGAUUCAUUUUUCAUUCUGCUUUUGCUUCAGUGCUUUUGUUCUACAAAUUCUCAUAAGUUGUAGAAGUCCUGCUCCUUUGGGGGGACUCCACAUUGUGCUUCUGUUAUGAUCUUUACAGAAUACUUGCCACAAUGAGUCGUCCUGAAUUUACUCAAUUUGUGUUUUUGCAAAUGGAUCAACACAAUAGUCUUUUGCAUUGAUUGUAAAAAUCACCACAGCAGUUUGCUCUGGGUGCUUUAUAUUGGAAAAUACAGACUAUACAAUAUUACCCCUCUACCAAUGCCCAGCAAGCAUUUGACAAUGCUGGGAAGAAACUCCUCUCUUUAAAGAGACUUCAUCCAAGUGACGAACACUACAAACGCUACGUCCACAUGAACAGAGUCAACUUUUGGGGAAUAGUAGGACUUCUUUGUGCAUUUUUGAGGGAGUAAGCUUUUAAGAGAUACACAGAGGAAGUAAAUACUGAAGUUAACAAUUGAAAGCACCACUCAGGUGCAUCCCAGCUGGUACUGUAAGGGUUUGCUCACUGUUUUCAAUAAA